CAUCUUUCAGAAGAUGCCACAGAGGAAAAUGAAGGAGAUGACGCAAAGCCCAAGCAAAGGCCAAAUUUUGUGCCUGGCUUGGCAGCUCCCAAGAUCCCAGAUGGAGAAAAAGUGGACUUUGACGACAUUCAAAGGAAACGAAUGGAAAAAGACCUGACUGAGCUCCAGACUUUGAUUGAAGCUCACUUUGAGAAGCGUAAGAAGGAGGAAGAAGAGCUUAUUGGCCUCACACAGCGUAUUGAGAAACGCAGGUCUGAGAGAGCAGAGCAGAUGAAGAUCAGAGCAGAGAGAGAAAGAGAACGGCAGAACAAACUAGCAGAAGAGAAAGCCAGAAAAGAAGAAGAAGAAGCCAAGAAGAGAGCAGAUGACGAUGCAAGGAAGAAGAUGAUUCUGUCCAACCUGACUUUCACUGGAUACAGGCAAACACAGAGUGGGACAAAAAAACCAACAGAAAGAGAAAAGAAGAGAAAGAUCCUGAAUGAUCGACGCAAAGAAUUAAAUAUUGAUCAUUUGAAAGAGGACAAACUCAGAGAAAAGGCUAAGGAUCUUUGGGACUGGUUGCGCCAGCUAGAGGCCGAGAAAUUUGAACUUCAGCAAAAAUGCACAAAGCAGAAGUAUGAGGUCACGGUGCUGAGAAAUCGUGUCAGUGAUCAUCAGAAAAUUUCAAAGGGUGGCAGGAGCAAGCGUGGCCUGAGGAAGUAACGUCCGACAUCAGCUGGAGAAAAACCAGCAACAUCAGCCAUCUGUAAACGACUGAGAAUAAGAAGCUGGAUAAUAAUAUUUUCUUAAUACUUGAAAAUGCAAGAACAAUAAAAAAAUAGUACGCUCUUUUAGAUGUUGUUAGUGGAAUAAAGUGCAUGUUAAGUUACUGAUAGCAGACGGAUCAGAUGAUGUGGUUUAACUUGUGUUCAUCUGACCAUGUGUAACACAUAACGAUU